AUGCCUUCUAUUAUAAGGACCCACCCGCCGCCGCCUCCCUCACCUGACUCCCAGCUAAAUGCCUUUCAAACUCGUUUAAGUAAAGAAGACGGCUUCUCUCUCGCGGUGGCUCAUGAAAUGGACGAUAGACGCAAGCUCGGAUUUACAUCGCUUUCCGGCGAUGGAAUACCUAGGGACUACUACAGUGGUAUUAUCCUACGACCGGGCUGCCCAUCGUCAUUCGACUCACCGACAUCAAAUCGCAUGAGCACCACUGCAGGCAAAGAUGCUGAAUGGCAAGAGCUAUUCAUGGACAACUUCACAACGGCGUAUCCGCCAAUCAAGCCCAUAAUGGCGCAAGGCUCACCCACUCGCUCCUCUCGCAAAGGUCCGGGUCGUGGCAUCGGCCCGCUGCCUUUCUACAAAGAGACCCUGCCGCUCAAAAGCAAAGAUGGAAAGGACCCGGUUCGUCGAUUUCUUGCCGACGAAUUGUACAAACUGGCCGACCGCGAGGAAAGCCACCAGAGCGACUCUAACUCUGUACCGGUCCUGGAAAUCAUCAAUGCAGGCUCUUGGUCACGUUUCCCAAAGAGAAAAGCAGCUCGUGCUCUCUGGGACAGCGACUCGGAAAUCGAAACAAUCAUAGAGGAUCAAAGCGAGGGGAGCCGAAGCCCGGGGCUUACCCAUACCACGGGUGAAGGUCACAUGGUCGAAGACACACCUGCUUCGAUCAAGCAUCCUGCAAAGAGAGUUAAGCUUGAUCCGGACUCCUGGUCUGUGGGAUUCGAAAGCCACAACGAGGCUAUCGAUCCGCAUGCCGAGUCGGUGUAUAAUACUGGGAGGUACCUAGUGGAGACGACCUGGACUGGGACCUUCCGAGCCUAA